AUGCCUCCGGUAAACCCUCCCAGCGAGUCGCACUACGAUCUGAUCGUCCUUGGUGGCGGUUCUGGCGGCAUGGGCGCCAGCCGUCGUGCGGCGUCCUACGGCAAAAAGGCUGUCGUCAUUGAAGAGUCUGGCGUUCUCGGCGGAACGUGUGUCAACGUCGGAUGUGUGCCGAAGAAGCUCAUGUGGCACGCCGCCGAUCUCCAGGAGCACCUCAAGGAGGCGCACGAAUACGGCUUCGAGGACGCCGGCAAGUCGUUCAACGUCCCGACGGUCAACUGGAACUACCUCGCAGAGAAGCGCGACGCAUACGUGCGCCGCCUCAACGGUAUCUACGACCGCAACCUCGAAAAGGACAAGGUCGACUACAUCUCUGGCCACGGCAAGCUCCUCGGCCACGGCCGCGUGCGGGUUUCGCCGUCGCCUAACGGUGAGCUCAAACAGGAGAUCACCAUCUCUGCCGACCACAUUGUCAUCGCCACCGGCGGCCGGCCGAGCUUGCCGAGCGACAAAGACAUUCCGGGCGCGAGCCUCGGUACCGAUUCGGACGGCUUCUUUGCGAUGCGCGAGCAGCCGAAGCGCGUGCUGGUCGUCGGCGCGGGCUAUAUUGCCGUCGAGCUGGCGGGCGUGCUCAACGCCCUCGGCUCCGAGACGCACCUCGCGAUCCGCCACGACAAGGUUCUCCGUGCGUUCGACCCGAUCAUUUCGGACACGCUCAUGGAUGUGAUGCACAACACUGGUCUGAAGCUGCACAAGAACACAAACGUGAAGCGUGUCGAGGGUGCCAAGGGCGGCCCGCUCACGGUGCACUUUGACACGGGCAGCUCGAUCGAGGUCGACGCGCUGAUCUGGGCGAUCGGUCGCCACGCCAACACGGCCAACCUCGGGCUAGAGGCGGCCGACGUCAAGACUGACCAGAAGGGCAGCAUUGUGGUCGACAAGUACCAAAACUCGAGCGCUGCCAAGAUUUAUGCGGUGGGCGACAUCCAGGGCAAGGCCGAGCUCACGCCGGUGGCCAUUGCCGCAGGCCGCCGCCUGUCGAACCGCCUGUUUGGCCCGGAAAAGUUCAAGGACGACCACCUGGACUACACCAACAUCCCCACGGCCAUCUUUAGCCACCCCGCCGCGGGCACCGUCGGCCUUACCGAGGCCGAGACGCGCGAGAAGUUUGCGGGCGAGAAGAUCACCAUCUACCGCACGCGCUUCACACCGAUGUACUACGGCCUCCUCUCGCACAAGAUGCCCGCAGCGUACAAGAUCGUGUGUGUCGGCGAGGAACAAAAGGUCGUCGGCGUGCACAUGGUCGGCAUGGGCUCCGACGAGUCGAUCCAGACCGUUGGUAUCGCGGUGAAGAUGGGCGCGACCAAGCAGGACUUUGACGACACGGUCGCCGUGCACCCGACUAGUGCCGAGGAGCUGGUUACGACCUAUGUGCCUGUUCAAGAGUAA